UGCAUUUUAGUGACUCUGUACACAGAGAGGAGGAUAAACAUCUAGCAGUGAGCUAAACGAGUGUUAUUUCAGGAGUAACAGUGGCUAAAUAGUGUGGUGAUGAUGGAAUGGGUCAAGAUUUUAUGUUUAGUGCUCUUGGUUUUCUCAUUCAGCUCUGUAGCAGAUGAAUUGAUGGAACGGGCACUGAAACUGAUGGGUGAAACCCCACUUAUAGAUGGGCACAAUGACUUGCCCUGGCAGAUGAGAAACUUGUUUAAUAAUCAGCUCAAUGAUGUGGACUUGCACAGACUAAACUCCACACACACCAACAUUGAAAAAAUCAAACACGGGCGCCUCUCAGCACAGUUCUGGGCAGCCUAUGUACCAUGUGAUACCCAGAACAAAGAUGCAGUCAGACAGACCUUGGAGCAGAUUGAUGUAAUUCACAGGAUGUGUGACAAAUACCCAGAUGAUUUCAAAUUUGCUGCUAGCAGUCAAGAUAUAAUGGAUGCAUUUGAACAGAAUAAGACAGCCAGUCUGAUUGGCGUAGAAGGUGGGCAUUCGAUUGACAGCAGUCUGGGUACCCUGCGCACAAUGUACCAACUGGGGGUCCGAUAUCUUACUCUCACACACAGCUGCAAUACACCCUGGGCAGACAACUGGCUGAUGGACACAGAAUCCAAUCCUGUGUCAAAUAUUGGUUUGUCUGAAUUCGGCAAGCAAGUGAUCUGGGAAAUGAACCGCAUUGGAAUGCUUAUUGACUUGUCUCAUGUGUCAGAGAAAGUGAUGAACCAGGUGCUGGACAUCUCCAAAGCCCCUGUCAUCUUCAGCCACUCUUCUGCCUACAGCAUCUGUAAACACAAGAGAAAUGUUCCUGAUGAUGUACUCGUAAAAGUGAAAUUAAACAGGGGGAUUGUCAUGGUUAAUUUUUAUAAUGACUAUGUAACCUGCAAUGAACAUGCUACCCUCUCAGAUGUGGCCGAUCACUUCGACCAUAUCAAGAAAGUGGCUGAUGCCAGUAUCAUUGGAUUUGGAGGAGAUUAUGAUGGUGUGCCAAGGGUGCCGGUUGGUCUAGAAGAUGUGUCAAAGUACCCAGACCUGGUGGUUGAACUUCUCAGGCGUGGUUGGUCAGAUAAUGAGAUCAAAGAUGCUUUGGGAGGAAAUCUGCUGAGAGUGUUCAGAGAUGUUGAGAUUGUAAGAGACAGCCAGAGAAAUACCAAACCAGAUGAUAAGCCCAUUCCUCUUAAAGAAGUCCAGAACCCCUGCAGGACAGACUAUGGUUAUUCUGAUAAAUCCAGCUCAACUUGCGCACAAUCUUUCUAUCCACUUGUCCUGAUUCUAGCACUGCUAAACAAGUUGUUGUAAUCAAUCUCUCUUUAGAUUGUCUACUGUUUUGGGACCUUUGAUAAAGAGUUGACUUGAAGACACAUUUGAGA